AUGCGCCCACUCCCUUUCAUUCUUAUUUUCUUCGCCUUUCCAGUCGUCGUGCUCUCAGAAUUGCACGAUUAUGACGACAUUCGUCGUCUGACACCUGCUGAAUACCGCGAACAAUUCGACACGAUCGUCGAUGAUCUGUCGGUUUGCGAAGAGGAAACGAACCGGAAACUGAUUGUUCUGGCUACUCACUUCGAGGAACAAGUCCGUUCCAGAAGUGACUCCCAUUCAACCUGUCGUUCCAGGACAACUUCCGUCGCAUUCUCUCUAACAAUGCUCGUCGUCUCUCGCAGAUUUACGAAGAAUUCGUGGCCGCAACCCAACGCAUCCAAACGGCCAAACAUGCCGCUCAGGCGAUCCUUGCCAACCGCACUCAGACCGCCCAGGAACAGUACGCGGCAGCAAUCCGUCUUGACAAACAGUUCCCACUGGUGAGCGAACGUUCCCGAUUGAUUCAUCUCAAUUUGUUCAGGAGAUGUCUGUGCUCUUGGAAAUUUGUGCAACAAUGGGAUACGCGACUACGAAGGAUGUGAUCGCCAGUUCUCUGAAAGACAUUCCGAAGACGAAGAAGCUGGCAGCGGACCUGGAGGAGUACUCGAAGGAAGCGCAGGCGACCGGAUAUUUCAUUGCGCAGGAGCUGCACGGCACGCCGUACGUGAGCAGAAAGCGCCAAGAAACCGCCCGCAAGACGUUCCUCGAGAAGUUCCCCAAGGCGAUGACCGUCCAUGAUCACAUUGUGAAGGUUCUGAACGGAGAGGAGAAGUUCAGAUCUGUUAUUUGA